CGCUGGGAGAAGGAAGGAGCGCGGCCGCGCACGUGGGAGCUCGGCCCGGCGGCGCCAUGCGGCGGCCCAAGCUCAAGAAGGCCAGCAAGAGACUGAGCUGCCACAAGCGCUACAAGAUCCAGAAGAAGAUCAGAGAACACCAUCGAAAAGUCAGGAAAGAGGCCAAAAAACACGGACGUAAAAAGCCCAAGAAAGAUCCUGGUGUUCCCAGUGCUGCGCCGUUUAAGGAAGAGCUGCUACGGGAAGCAGAGCAAAGGAAGCAGAGGCUUGAAGAACUAAAACAAAAGCAGAAGCUCAACAGACAGAAAGAACAUGAAAAGAAGAGGAAGCGUGAAGCUAAAAAGAAUGCAGACAAAAUCAAGGAAAAAGCAGAGGGAAAGGAAUCCUCUCGCAAAUCUAAAGCAAAGACUAACAAACUGCCAGCUAAAAAUUCCAAGCAAUGGUUCUGCAGGGAGCUCAAGAAGGUGCUCGAGGCCUCAGAUGUGGUUCUGGAGGUUUUAGAUGCACGAGAUCCAAUGGGCUGUCGGUGUCCUCAAGUGGAGCAAGCUGUAACUUGCUCUGGAGGAGACAAAAAGCUCCUGCUUGUUCUGAAUAAAAUUGAUUUAGUGACAAAGGAGAACCUAGAAAAGUGGUUGAAUUAUUUGAAUAAGGAGUUUCCAACAGUUGCUUUUAAAUCAGCGACACUGAUGAAAGACAAGACUAUGGAACAAGUGACAAAAAGACGUGUACGUGUUGAUUUAGCAAGAACCACUCAGUGUUUUGGAAGCAAAUGCCUUUUGAAGCUUCUUCAGGAGUAUGGCAAGACUCAAAACAGAGCCAUUCAAGUUGGGGUAGUAGGUUUUCCUAAUGUGGGAAAGAGCAGCAUAAUCAACAGCCUUAAAGGAGUUCGUGCUUGCAAUGUUGGCCUGACAAGAGGUGUUACCAAGUCCAUGCAAAUCGUGCAGAUUGAUAAACAGACAAAGCUGUUAGACAGUCCAAGUAUAAUUGCAGAUCCUUCCAACAGUGCCCUGGCUCUGGCCUUGAGAAGUAUCAUAGACACUGAAGAAUCAGGCUCAGCAGAUGUGCUUGAAGGAGUCCAUGCCAUUCUAAAUCACUGCAACAAAAAGCAGGUAAUGAUGCGCUACAAUAUCCCAGACUUCAAGGACACUGAAGAAUUUUUGGCUUUACUUGCUCAGAAAAGGGGUAUGCUGAAAAAGGGAGGUGUUCCUGACACAGAGAAUAUAGCUCAGUUACUCCUUUCUGACUGGACAGGAGCUAAGAUAAGCUACCACUCACACCCUCCAGAACCUCAGAGACCACCACCGUAUCUUACAGAAGACAAAAUAGCUGAAAUGCAGCAGUGCUUUAAUUUAAAGAACCUAGAAGAAGAAAACAACAAAACUGUUGAAGCCUUGAAAUACCCUAGUCCAGCAAACAGCAUCAUUUUCAAGUCAGCUGGUAUGGCAAAUGGGACAAUAGAAGAAAACAAAGUGAUAGAGGAAGCAUCAGCAUGGGAAAACUUGGAAACAAGCAAGGAGGAAGAGGACGAGGAGGAUGAUGAAGAAGAAGAGGAGGAGGAUUUCACAGAAAGUGAUGAUGAUGAAGAUGACAUGGAAGAAGAAAUGGAUGUUGAAGAGGAAAGCAAAGUUCCAGUCAGCAGGAAAGCAAAGCUGGGGAAACGAGAAACAGGUCCUACAAAUUCAGAAAAGGAGACAGCAGAAAAUUCCAAUUCACUAUCACUCAGCUUGGAUAAGAAAGCAGAGGAAGACGACGACUACGAUUUUAAUACAGACUAUGUGUAAUGAAUGAUGUGUGAGGACAACAUUUGGAGGACUUAAGUACUGGCUUUCAGAACAGUCACGAAGACUUGUGUUCUGGCAAAAGUUGGAAUGCUGAAUACCAGAGCUGCUGCAAAGAUUCACAAUUAUUGCUGUCAAAUAAUGUAUAUAAAAGUAUGUCUUCUUUGAUUGUUCCAGAUUUUAUACAAGUCUAGGACUUAAAGCUGAAUACAGCUGGUUUCCUAAACUUAUUUCCUGUACUAAAACCCAUUUUAAAAAAGACUGAUUUAGACUCUUCACUUUGCCUUAGGAAAAAAAUGUAUUGAAAGGAAAAACCCCACAAUGCUGAAUGUUUCAUUCUAGUCAUGCUUUUCCUAGAAGAUUAGAGGCUGCAGCUCUAGAACAUGACUUAAGUCAGUAACAUUUCAGUAGAAUUUCCACAUAUAAAGACUGGGUAGAAAAUGCCACUUAUUUCAGCUAGACAUAGGUGUAUUAGCUAAGCUCGUGAUUUUAUGUCCAGAACCUUCACUGGGAAAGGUACUUCCUGAUGACACCCUUUAGACAGAGGAACAACUGGUAACUGUAAAGCAAAAGGUUGCCCUGUGCAAUAAGGAUGUGUUCCUGUGCUCAGGGUAGCAAGAGGAUUGCCAAGAGGCCCUGCACAUGCUCAGCAAAUUGAGCAGUCAGAAUAAAUGCCUCACAUCAACCAUCUUCCUCCUAGGCAUCUGUUUUCUUCCUAUUAAAGGUCUGAUUUCUGUAUUCUUUAAUAGACAGUACGUUGAUAGUCCUUGGCAGCUUUAAAAAAGUAGCAAGUGGAGAGAGAGAGACGUGUAGUUUAUUUAAGCCUGCUAAGAGAGCCUGGUCAUCAGAAUUAAGCUGAUCUCAAGUUGAUCUAGUAGAACAUUUCAGUGUUUGGUAACUCAAUUCCUUACUCCUAACUGCUUCAAGAACAAAAAGAAUGGUUCUUGUUCAUCAAAGCCCAGGAAAAUAAUAUAUAAGGCACAGAUAAAAUCCAUGACAGAAAUAUAGGUAGUCAGUGAGUCAGGCAGUUGAGAAUCCUGGUAAGUAAGUUGUAAAGCAUAUUAAUACAUGAGUGAGGCCAUUAGCUGUCUGCUGCCCUGCAUCUCAGGCUAUGCAACACUCAGCCCAGCGCUGCAUUAACACAAACCCUUUUGCCUAAGCUCGCACUAAGGACAGUUCACAAGCAGUAUUGCUGAAUAACAAUGACAACUUCAGUUCAAAGCUGUAUUAAAUGGAAUUAUUGUCACAGUAACUGCUGGGAUAGAGCAGCUAAUAAUAAUCACUAAAACUUAACACAACUAUGAAAAAAACCCAACUUACCUAUAGAAGUGAUGGGCAGCCAACUGCAAAAGGGCACAGGAAUCUCACUUGAUGAGCCUAAAGGGCCAGACUGGGAAAGGCACAGUGGGAAAAAUUUCUAUAGCAGAACCAUGCUGACUUGAUAGAACUAUGAGGAACUUCACAAUAACAAUUACAUUAAUCUGUAAUUCCUAAUUCCCCAAAAUACUAUUUUUGCACAAUUUUAGAAU